AAAUUAUCAGCAGCCUGUCAGACGUAUUUCUAUAUUGAUCAUGUGUCUAUCACGGUAUAUCGUUAUUGUUUAAUAGCCCAGCGCUACACUGAUGUCAGUGAAGAGGAAUGGUUAGAGCUGCCACCUCACAGGAAAAAGGUCACAGUGUUUCCUCAAAAAUGCCAUAUAUAAACAACGGAGGAGUGGAGAAUGGGCUGUUUAUGGAUGAAUUGAUGCAAAGGACAGAGAGUAUGAAUGGAGAGAAGCAGAAAGACUCAGAAACCAGAGAGCCGGACGUUGUUGAUGGGACGCCAGCAGCUGUGGAGAUAAAUCCCCACCGCAGAGGGUCCAUGGAGAAAAAGUCAAUUCAAGGCACCAUCCAGAGAAAAAGCAAACACUUUCCAACCCUGGGUAAGGGAGGCACAUCAGGGAACAAAUCCAGGAAGCCGGUCCAGAGCCUGUUCAACCAGCCGGAGCGAGACCAGCUGGAUGUGUUGAAGCAGGAGCUGGACGCCUUCGUCGUGUCCAACGACCUGGAAUGGAGAUGGAAGGAGGAGAGUCGUGGAACCACGCUGGAGCAGAACUGGACCGAUUUAGUGACUUCUCACACGCAGACGAUGGGUAAGAUGCAGAGAAACCAGCAGGCGACGCUGUGGGAGUUUGUUCACACUGAGCUCACUUACAUCAACAAGCUGAAGAUCAUCAAAGACUUGGUGAUCGCAGCUCUCCGCAAGCUGCACCAGCACGAACUUCUUCAGGAGGUGACCCCCGAGCUGCUGUUCUCCAACCUGCCSUCCAUCCUGCAAGCUCACCAGCUGUUCUGGCAGGAAGUGGUAUAUCCCAUGCUGCAGGAAGUGCGAAGGACAGGCAAGCCUUUUGACCCCAUGAGGUUGGAGCCUGGCUGCCUGCAGUUCAGAGAGCGUUUCUCUGCCUAUCAUGUUUACUGCUGGGAGGAGGAAAACACUCUGGAGUUUGCACACAGGCAGAUGGAGAGCAAUCCACACUUUGUUGCUUUUGUGCAGUGGCUGGAGGAACACCCACUGUGUCUGCGGAUGCGGCUUGGGGACAUGCAGGCCAAACCACAUGUGAGGAUCACGAAAUACCCGCUGCUGCUCAAAAGCGUGCUGGAAAACACGCAGGAGCCUCAGGUGCAGCAGGCCGUCAGAGGGAUGCUGUCCAGCGUGAAGAGGUUUUUGGAAAGCAUCAACGACUACAUACGGCUACGAGGUGACGAGCUGGCACUCUCCAUCUCUGCACAGAGGCUGCAGGGAUACGAAGUGGAGGGACUGAAUGAAGAAAUCGACAAAUACGUCAAAGAAGUCUGCCAGUUCGACCUGACAUGUCCCAUCAGAGGAGUGGGUCCUGGAGUCAUUCGUAAGCUGCUUCUGGAGGACAGCCUGAAAGUUCGGGGCAGAAAGGACAGCAAACUGGAACUGGUGGCUCUGCUCUUCUCAGACGUUCUCCUUCUGACCAAAGUUCAGAAGAAAGGGGACCAUCUGAAGGUGGUCCGUCCUCCUCUGGCUGUUGACAGAAUGUACUGCUACAUGCUGAAAGAUGAAUGUUCAUUUGUUCUGGUGGAAGUCGGUGAGCUCCAGUCCGCCAUGAAUGUCCUCAUACUUGUGACGAGCACCUCUGACAGGUGCUCCACCUGGGUCUCUGCCAUCCACCAGGCAAAGGGAACUCUGACACACCUGAGGAAGCAAAAGGCCAACAGAGGGGACAGUUUGAGAGAGCUUCAACAAAAACCCAAACCAGCUGAAGACACCAAGAUAGAUGACAUGAAAAUGGAAGAAAAGCCUCCAAAAGUUCAAAACAAAAAGAGUCUAAUGGAAGAACUUACAGAUGUUUUGAAUAAAUCUCCCACAAUGAAUGGAUUUCUAGAAGCGGAGCAGAAUCAGUCUCCCAUCGAGGCGUCCAUGAACGCUGGAGUGACUUUAAAGAGGAGCAACAAUGUCAAGAAAUCAAGUYAUGUCAAGACUCUCAAGGGUCAGAGACAAAUGUUCAAAGGAUCUGAAUGGAUAGAAAUGGAAAGAAAAGAUCCAGGUGUAAACCCCUCUGAGGAGGAAGAGGAAGUUGUUGAGACUUCCAUAGUCAUGAAGUCUUACCCUGUUUCAAAAUUGAACAACUUCCCUCAAAAUAAACCUGCAGAACUCUCAGGAACCAACACAACCAGACGACCCAAAUUCCUCCCACAUAAACUGCCAGAUGUUGACUACCCAACAGGUGAAGAGAGCACUUUAUCGCUUCCUCGGAAGCAAAUCUCAAGCGAGACCUUUUCAAAAACACAGGUGGGAAGCAGAUCGUUGAUAAGAAGCAGUUCAGAUCUGCAGCUUGUGACUCAGGACAGCCGGAAAAACUUUUCCAGUCAGUCUGCAGUUGGAGAAGCAUCUCUAGACGUCUGCAGCUUCCCAUCAAAUCUGAAGUCUCCUGGGUUACGGAAGAGGCGGCCCGGCAGCACAAACCCAAGCCCCUUGACUCCAAUGAUGAAGCCGUUCCUGCACGACACGGGACGACCCGCWUCUGCUUCAAACAGCUCCAAUUCKGACUCAGACAGCAGCACGAACACCAAGAGAAACUCUCUUCCUGCUGUCUCUAGCUCAGAUUCGCAGCAGGCGCCCAAAGUGGGCCCAAAGCCGAACUUCAACACAUUCCUGAACAAGUACCACAGAAUCUCCACAGACAUCCAAAACUUCUCUGAGUCUGAGCAGCCAGAUAUGAGCCCACAGAGCAUAAAGCCCAAAAUUAAGAACACGAGGAGUUCCUCUAGUCCCAACAUGAUUAAUGAAGCAAGGCAGCCAGUUCGUGGACCCUCCAACAUCUCAUCAGCCCAAGGACAGGACCUCUACGGCUCAGGGUUUACUCUAAACACCUCUCCUGUGGAAGGCCUUUUGGAAAGAGCCAAGGAAAUGGGGAAAGACAAAUCUGGACUAAAGAGAGACAAAUAUGUCCAAUCCCCCCCUCUGAGGACAAAUCACCAGACUCAUUUCCCGCAGGAUAAUCCUGCACCUUCACCCACACCCAGUGAAGUGGGCAGAGACGCCGAGGAGGGGGAGGUGGAGCUGAUCAGACCCCGAACCUCCACAGUAAGCAUGAGGUGGAAGGAGCAGCUGGUGGACGGGGAUGAAGACGACAAGAGCGGCAGCACUGUUUUCUUGGAUGGUGAAAUCGUGGACUGGGUGGGCUGGUGCGUCGAUGAUGAGGACCUCCUGACACACAUGAGCCCUACAGGCCCAGGACUUUCAGAGGGGAUUAACCCCAGAUGGAAUGUCCAGGAAUGUCACGACGACGGGGAAUAUAGUCAGGUGUAGCUUUACAGGAACUGAGCUGAAUCUGAAAUCUUAAGCAAACUGUUGGCUCAAAAUCGCAGAUCCACAAACCAAAAAAAUUAAUUAAUUAAUCAAUUAAAUUUAAUUUAAAAACACAUUUUUCGAAAAAUCUAAGGAACAGAAAAGUUGUAAAUAAACCUUUGCAAACAUGGUAAACACUUUUUUACACACAAAUAUUAAAAAAUGUCUUCAGUGUAAUUUAUGUAAAGUAAUGUAAUAUAGAUUUACUAUAUGUGGCCAAUGUUAUUUUUACAUUAGUUUYCAUUUUAUUUAUGUUAAUAAUUUGUUUUUUGUUCAGUGGUUUAAUUUUAUUUUACACAGGAAAUAAAGCCAUGAUUUCUGUUA